UAGUACCCACCACAUUUAUCAUUCACUCCACUCCACACUCCCUCUUGUCAUCUCCGAAAAACAUGGAACAAAUUCAUGUCCCUUUAGAAAACGAAAUUCAACUAACCACUUCCAUUUCUUCUUCUUCCUCUUCCUCCAUUGAAGAUAACAACAAAACCAAACCCAAAGGUGAUGGAAAACACCCUUUAUAUCGUGGAGUUCGAAUGCGUCAUUGGGGUAAAUGGGUUUCGGAAAUUCGAGAGCCCAAGAAAAAAUCCAGAAUCUGGCUCGGCACUUUCCCGACUCCAGAAAUGGCGGCCCGAGCACACGACGUUGCGGCCCAAGCCAUCAAAGGUAGUUCGGCUUACCUUAACUUCCCCGAAUUAGCUGACCAACUUCCACGCCCGGCUACUAAUUCUCCUAAGGAUAUUCAAGCCGCCGCCGCAAAAGCAGCUUCUAUGGAGGCCCAAGACUUAAAAGGAUUGUUAACUGAGGAGGAUGACACGUUUUAUGACCUCCCUGAUCUGUUACUCGAUUCAAAUAAGAAUUCAAGUGAGCUUCAUUACUCUUCUAUCUCUGAGCCGUGGCUCCUGGCUGGAGCUGAACAUCCAAGCUCGGGCUUUGGGAUGGAUGAGCCUUUCCCGUGGGAGUCAUACUAAUUUUGUUAAAGGAUAAGUUAUUUACUCAUGUUAUAGUUUUACCAUGUAUAUUAAAAUAAUUAUAAUAAGAUAAUAUAUUUUUUAAAUUAAAUUUAUUAUCUUUUUCUGUGAUGUUA